AUGGAGGCAAACAAUUUUUCAAUUGAUGAGACCUCAUUGCUGCAUAACUCGAACCAUGAUAGCAAUGGAAACAUAUUUUACUCGAAUCACUAGAGCAACACUUAGCAAUCUUUGUUUGAUGAUGGAGUCACGAAUGUUCCAGUGCAAAUUGAGGAUAUCUAAUUGGAGAAGAAGGGAAGAUUUCAGUUGAAAAGACCUGCAACUAAGAAAAAUUCUUCACAAGAGAUGGGUGCACUUGUUGAAUAAGAGAAAAAUAAUGUACUUAGUUAGUCUGCUGAUGUCUAUACCCAAAAUAAUGACAUAUUUAUUAAAAAAGAGGCUUAAAGUUAAUAAAUAAGCAGUCAAAACACAUCAAAAUCAGGUACUUAGUAGCAACUUUCAGAUCAAAUGAUGAUUGAUGCAGUAGUAUAACCUCCUAGGCUAAGUUUGGGGUUAAGAAGUUCUAAUAAUGCAUCUAAUGGUAGAAUCUAGGAAGUUAGUAGCACUCAUAGCAAGGGGAAGUCCUCAAACAAUCAAAACUCAAAGUUUAUUAUUCAUUCGGGAGAGAAUUCAUCAACAAUAAAGAACAACUCAAUCUCACAAGUCAACUUCAAUCAAACAAUCAUCUAAAUUCAGGCAGAAAUUCUGAGUGACAUAGAUGGAGGUGUAAUCACUCUAUAAGCUGCGAACGAUGGUGACUAAAGGGCAAUGGAGAUCAUAAAUAAUGGGCUGAGCUAGCUAUAAAAUGCAGUUGAAGUUAAGGGGAGAUUUAGAGUUCAAGAAGCCUAAUUAAAUGGAUUUCUUUUAAAUGGGCCAUAUGAGGAAAUUAAAUCUCAAGCACUCCUUAACAACUAAAACUAAGCUUAGAAUGGCAAUAAGAUUUCAAAUUCUCACGAUCAAUUGGAGAUAGUCAAGUAAACUAGAAGGAUGGAUUAAAGUCCUAUGGGGAGGUUAGAUUAAGAUUAUAGAAAUUAUCAGACUCAACAAAAUCAAAGAGAAACUUAAUCAAGAUUCGAAAUACUGUCGCUUAAUUUUAACUCCCUCCAAAAGUAACAUCAAGAAACAAUAGAUGAGAUGAGUAUCGCCCGAAGCAACUCCAAGAAAUCAAACCAUGUUCCUGAGAGCCCUCAACCGAGAAGUGGAACUCUGGACAAUCCUAAUCUCAAUGAUACACCAACUUCCAAUAAGUAAUCUCAUAGGGAACUUUUUUUGUUGCAGUCAAGUCCAAAAAGCCAAACUGGAUUUAUCCAAGGGCUUAGGAAUAAAUUAGAUGACACAUUUGAUAAAAAUUUCUGCGAUAUCGGUGCAGAAGGUAUAUCUAAUAAUAGCAAGUCUCAUAAUUAUGAUAUGAAUGCUUAUCGUACUAAUCGACUUAACUCAGAGGCUAGUUAGGCUGAUUGUGAAGAUAAUUAUCCAAAUGCUAGCAGAUUAAUUAAGAAACACAAAGAUGCUUAAAACAAAAGCAGAGACACUAGUGACAAGGACAAUGAUAAUGAGAAUGGUGACUCAGAUGAAGAAGAGAAGUAAAACUUUGAUUAGCAAAAAGAGGAACAUGUUGAAUAUACGGUAGAUGAUAACAAUAACAUUGAUAAUAUGUAUCAAAAUGGGCAGAAUGAUAAUACAUUCAAUGCUUUAUAAGACUCAGGUCUAAAUAAAACAACUAAAUCGAAUGAUCCAGGGAAUGAAGCAGAUGUCUAGUCAGAGGCAAAUGAGAAUGAGAAUGCUUAUGAAUAGGAUUAAACCCUAGAUCAUUUGAAUUUUCAGAGAGACAUCACUUAUAAUUAAGAAGUUCGACUGAAUGAGGAAUCAGAAUAGGAGUAGAUCAUGGAGGAAUCUGAUAACCAGAAAAGUAAUAAGAAGGAGCACAAGCACCUGGAUGAUGAUAAUUACUCAAGUGAGUUUAGAAGUGACAAGAGUCAACAGGAUAUUGAAAGUCCGAAUGAGGACUGCUGGGAUUCAGUGCAUAAUUUCAAUAUUGAUCAGAAUUUGAGGAGUAACAUAAAUAAUCAGCACAAUAAUAACAACAUAAACAGUGGGAUAAUGAGUGACCAAGCUCACAUCUUAUUUGCAAAGUAGGCAACCAAUGCCAAUCAAUAAAACAAUUAUGAACUGUUACAAUUCAAUGAUAAUUAGAAAAAUGAUGUGCUUAACAAUAGUCAGAAUUAUUCCUCGUAAAAAUUAGAGUGGAAUUAUGUGACUAUUCAAGAUUAGUUUUCAAAUGAUAAGAUUGAGUAGUAUGAAGAUUAUUAAUAGAAGUAAACAGAGUUGCUAUCUUAAUCGAAGUCAUAAGUAAUGCUAAAUAAACUGGGAAUUAUUUCUUUGAUGAAUCUACAAGUUUUCAAAGACUGGCAAUAAUUUUUUAACUUGAUGAAACUUAGAGUCACACUUUCAACACUGCUUUUGACUUCUUCAAACUCAAUUUUACAACUUUAUUACACCUACAAAAAAUUUGCUAUAGGUUAGAAAGAAAAUUUCUUUAGACUUAAAUCAGAGAAUCAACAUAAAUAGAAAGAUGUUUAUAGUACCAUAGUUGCUAAUACAUAGGAUACAAAUAAAAAAUCAUCCAUAUCUAACAAUCCUAAACAAUUUCUAAUUAAAAAAAUUGAAAAAAUAGAGGAGAAUAAUAUAAUCUCUGUAGUUAAUACAAAGAAGCUUGAUUUAAUGCAAGAAACUAAAAAUGUUGGUUAAUCAAGAGUAAAUGAUAUAUACUUAGAUAUAAUAUAGAAUUAGAAUUAACAGAAAAAAUCUUAAAAAUAGCUAGAAAGUUUUAAAAAUGAUUAAAAAAACCUGAACAGUUAACUUCAACAUGAGGCAGAAGUCACAGAGCAAGAGGAUGAGGAGGAAGAAGAAGAUGAAAAUGAGGAGAUCGAAUGGCUUUUGGCAAAAUUCAUAAAGAUAAUCAAAAAUAGAAAUUCUAAGCAUAACAAAAAAAGAAAGAGCGAUGUUACCUAGCAGAGGGGUGAAAAGUAAAGUUCUUUGAAAAAACUAAUAAAACUUAUAUAAGAAAUUGAUGACAGCGAUUAAAAUGGCAAAAUUGAUAUAAAUGACUCAACAGAUCACAAAAAUGUAAGAAUUUUAUAAUAUUCAUUAUAAUUUUUAAUAGAAGGAGUCCAAAGGAAAGAAGUCUAAGAGGAAAAUCUAAUUAAAUGGUAUGAACAUGAAUGGCUCUUUAAAGCUGAAGAUGGAUUAAGGGGCACAAAGAGACGAGCAAUUAUCUCCUAUAAAUCUUUAGUAGUACUAAAUAUCAUAGCAAGUUCUCCAGCAAAAAGACCAAAUAAUUGA